GCAUUGUGUCUUCUUGGCGAGGAGAGUGAGUGAAGAAUAGACGGGACAGUGAAAGAGAGAGUGGUGAGAAUGACAUAUGGACAGAGGGGGUGGCUGAGAACAUGUCCACAUUUUGUGUGUGUCUUCGUUCAAAUGAACUUUGACAACAAUUUGGACGGUCUUAUUCUGACGUCACCUCUUUUUGAACAAUUGGGACUGUGUUUCAAUUUCUGAUUACUGAUUUUUGAAGGGAUUUAUGAGUAUGAGGAGUGUUUUGAGUAUUGUCAGACAGCUCUGACACCAGAGAUUGACAGACAGACACUGACAGGCUGCAGUGGAGUGUGAACGACCUGAAGGAGGAGGAGAAGGAGGCGGAGGUGGUGGAGGAGGAGGGCGCUCAACACUGAGGAGAUACAACAUGUGCGCUCACAGAUCAUUUGAACUCUGACGGAUUCUACAUGAGUGACAGACGAGCCUCACUGGAUGUCAUCAUGUAUCUACUCUUUGAUAUCAAUCCAAUCUUCGGGGGUCUGGGACGUUUUGAAUGCCGAAAAGGAUUUUGACUCACAUCCUCAAAAUACACACAGACAGACAGCUAGACGGACAGACUCAUUAAGAGCAGCCACUGGAGACUCAUUUCAAACCGAGAAUCUGCUGCUCAGGAUGUACUGUUAGAAAACCCCACUCAGACCGCAAUAACCACCCCGGCUCCACACCGCGCCCAGAGACAACACCAAAGAAGUAGCCCUCCAUUAAAGACUGCAACAUUUGUUUGACCGACACUCUGUGUAAUGUUGGAGUGAGGGAAUGAACACAGGCUCACAUUUACUCACACUGUAGAUACAGUCAGCAGAGGCGGGAAUGAUGGAGGAGAUCAGAGGGCAGCUGCAGCUCCAUCCAAGCCACAUAUAGUCUGGAGUGACGGAUAGAUGAUACACGCACUGACCCUGGGGAUGAUAGGAGAUGGCUUUCACUUUGAACAGAGGAAAAUCUUCAUUUCUAGUGAGGUAGAGCAGCAAAACAUAGCAUAAUCUGCAGGAAAGUGGAACAAAGGACGAGGAGAUAAAGGGUUACAAGGAAAAACACUUGAGAGUUUUAAAAGGCUCUUUAGGACACACUGCAGCUGGUGCACAUGAACAUGUAAGUUACUCGCGCACACAUAUAAAGACACACUGACACACACUCACAGCACACACACUGGGCAGCUCUGAGGAACCUGAGUUCGGCACUAUGAUGGAGAAGCUGAACCGCACCGGCCAACCUGCCUCACCCUCUGACCUACCUCGCCCCUCUUCCUCCUCUUCCUCUGCCUCUUCCCCCUCCUCUGCCUCCAUGGAGACGCACAGUCCCCUCCAGAGCAAGACUACAGUAACCUCAGAUGCUAUCAGCACCCCACGUCCUGCUAACAAGACAGGGCACAAGGGACACACGGAUGUCCCCUCCGCUGGCUCAAUUCAGUCCCCCAUUGCCAAGACGACAGUAUCAACCAGUCACAACGCAGACGAAGCGGCUGCACCUGAGCCCAUCGUCAUGGAGACAGAGGAGAAGGAGGAGGAGGAGAAGAGGGAAAGACCGAAGAGCACCGCAGCCCAUGCUGCUUCUGCCAAUGGGUCCCCAACUCUUUCCUCUCCGCCCCCGCUCCUCCCAGCACCGGCCAAGACCUCCCCGUGCCCUUUACCACCUCCAACCUCCACUGUGUCUUCAUCACCCUCUCCUCUUCCUCCACACAUUCCUGUCAUCAGUCUCGGGCACAGCAAACCCCCUCUCCCGCUCCCCAAUACCCCUUUGACUGCCCUACACCCAAUCCCCAACCUCCUUCAUGGGCCCCAUGGGGACCUUCGCCGCAGUCAGCUGGCCGGUUUACCUGUGACCAGUCCUGGAGCUUCUGGGGGCCCUUCAGCUCCAUCCCAAGGACCCCUGUUGCCUCAGCAGUAUUUGUCUGCACACCCUUUCUUCACCAGUUCUUACCUGGGUCCCUCAGGAGGAAACUAUGGUGUCAUCAACAACAGCCGCAUCAAGAGAAGACCUUCGUCUCACUUUGAGGUGGAGAUCAAUGACUGCCCUGCACACUCAGACAGUGAUUAUGUGUGUCUAACAGGCCCUCCUCAGAAACUUGCUCGCCGUGUCUUCACCAACAGCCGUGAGCGCUGGCGGCAGCAGAACGUGAACGGGGCGUUCUCUGAGCUGAGAAAACUUAUCCCCACACACCCGCCCGACAAGAAGCUCAGCAAAAACGAAAUCCUCCGUCUGGCUGUGAAGUACAUAAACUUCCUGGUCACUCUGCUCAAUGACCAGGCUCAGGACAAGAACAGGGACUCGGCUGAGGAUGAGGACGAGAGCACCGCAGCUGGACUGGAUGGUAAUAAACGGAACCCUAUUUUUCAGUGUAACACCCCUCCUCUGUCCCACGCCGCCCCAACAUCCUCAGCCCGUCCCGCAACGCUCAACAGAGACAGAGACUCAACUGACUCAGUCAUCGCUUUGGCUAACUCUCCAGCAACAUCCAGUUGCUAUGGUGACACGGACAGUGAGGAAAGCUUUGGGGUAAAGACUUCUUUAGUGACCCAUGGCAUUCUGGGAAAGGUCAAGGGUCAGAUAAGGAUGGUGGCGGCCACAAAUGAUGAGCGGUGACACCAAAAGACAGCAAACAAAGAGGAGUGCAGGCAGCCACUGGGAGUUUAAAUGUCACACUGACAGACAGGACAUACAAUCACCUGCAGAUACGGAGCCAGCAUGAUUCUCUCUUCAAUUGUGUGAAAUAAGUAAUAGAUGGAUUUUUGGAGAAAUGUUUGUAGUUUUAACUGUCUCUAUGUCUUUUCAAGUGAUGUGCAAACACUGGGUGUGAGGCUCUGUGUUUUAGGAAGAUAGUGAAAUGUGCUGUGGGGCAGGUUGAGGCAUGAAACAUCACAGAGCAGUCAAACAGUCUCAAACAUGUUUUAUCUGCUAUAAAGGUCACAGUGUUGUUUAACAGUACACAACAAUGUCAAACAAUGUGGAUCCAUAUCAUGGUUGUGGAAAUCUAAUGAGAUUGUGUGUUUUCAUUUGUAUGUGUUAAUGAUGAAUAUCUAGUAAUCUUUUCCAACCUGAUGACACCGAAAUAUGUGAAAUGACCACCUCUUAACACAGCAUUAAGGGGUUUUUGAUAUGCAACUCGUUAAAAUGAUUGGAAUGGUCGCAGUUUUAAAGAUAUGGUUAACUUGUAAAAUGGUCAAAAAUUGGUUAUGUUUAGGCACCAAAAACACUUGGUUAGGUUCAGGGAAAAACAAGCAAAUUGGCAUCAGCUCCAACCUCAUAUUCUUGCAUCUACAUGUUGCCAUUUUUGCCACUUGGUAUAAACAGUUUAUCAGCUGUCCUUUGGCUCGGGAUGACCAUUUUUUUCACAAAAUCAUGGGCAAGUUUAUGAAUCCAUUUGGAGUUAUGCGCCUUUUUGCGAUAGGCUGCCUCAUUGCACCUCCCCCGUGCCCCCACGUGCACGAUCACAAACGCAGACAUGCAGACCUCUAUGCCAAAUUUGAGACUCACUAGGGAAAAAAACUUGUGGCUGCCAAAGGGAGGAGAAUUUUUUUGGAUCGACCAACCAACUGCCCAAUAGACUGAGUUGCUAGUCGCAGAUAAAAAACAAAACAAAACAAACACACAAAAAAGUUGGCUAGGUUUACAAAAGUUUGUGGUUGCACAUAAAAUACAUAUGUUUGUAACAUUUGGGACAAAGUACGUAAUACAUAGUUAAAUAAGUCAGUGCUAACUUUUGGUUUCAUACUGGGCACAAACAGCAGUCUCCUGGGUGAAAGUCUUGCAUUAGAACUGUAUUUGUUUGACCUGCCUACAACAUAAACCAUAUGUAGAAAAUCCCGCUCUUUAUAGUACCUAUGGGGUUGUAACAUUAACCAUUUGCCCUUGCGUAUUGUUGUAACAAGAAAUUUGUGUGUCCACCAUAACAAAACUGACUUUUCAUUGGCAUUUUUUCUGUGGUGCCAGCACAUAAUCUUAACACAUAAGGAACCACAAUGGCAGCACAUGUGCCACCACCACAGUGAUGUUGUAGUCAUUUAAUAUAUUUCUGUUAGACCAGGCUGAAAUUUUCUCAGACAAGAAAGUCAAGAUCUUGAAAUCCCCCCUCCUUUAGAAAUGUCUCUCACUAGAUGAUUAAAAAGCCGAUUUUUUGGUUCCAGCAUUAAUGCAGCCUCAGAAUGUACAUGUAAAUUAUCAGCACUGCCCCAGUAUAAUUAUUGUGUUUUACGGUGGAGUCUGUGAUUCAAAUCCUUUUUCUUUUAAUUUUGGCAAAUAUCCCUUCAUGGUUGGGUAACUGCCCAUACUGUGUGUGUGCUGAAAAAUGUCCAGUGUUAAUACACAGCCCUACUUUUGUAAAUGGGAAAAAAACAAGGUGGCUCAAACUGAGCCACACAACAUAAUCGAGCUUGUGCACAAGACACGGGAAAGGCUGUGGAUGUUUUUUUAGUUUUUUUUUUAAAAAGCAGCUGGAUUGCAAAGGAAGGUAGUAUGAUAUUGAGUUCAAAUAUCAACAAUGUUUCUCCAGAAUUGCAGCCUCCACUUUUCAGAGUGCCACAUACUCUACUGUGCUUGCAGAGAAGUGCAUGUAAUGCAUUCACAGAUUAAAGCUGCAGUUUUUAAUGUUACUGCUGUUCAUAUUGUCAGAGAAGCGGGGCCGAUUUGGUCCCACCCUGACAUUGUGACACACUCGUACCAGACAGAAAUAAAGUGUGUUUUAGUUUGCUGUUCCUUA